UAUCGAUUCCUUAUUUUGGUAUAUGUUGCUACAUCUGCUAUCCAUUUCAUUUUCGCGAUCCAUUUCAGUUUAUCAGAAUAUACAUGAUGGAUAUCAUAUAAACUGUGAGUUAAUUAUGUUGCUCUCCUUUCCUUAUGUCUUACAAAACAUAUGCAUUCUUGUUUGAUAUGUGAGCAUUCAUAAUGUUCUCACGUAUUAUACAUUAUUUGUAGUACAAUAUACAAUGGAUGGACCACAAUUUACAGUACCUUUGAGAACUGGCUAUCGUUCACAGUACAUACAAGAGUACUUGGUGAAUCUUAACCACUAUUAAUUGAGUUCCAACUUUAUGUUAUUGGAGUUGCAAUGCAAAGAAUUAAAUACUUUAAAUUUUCUGCAGUUGAUUCCACAACCAUUCCAUCAAGACUGGGAAGUAUUCUUCAAGCAUUCAAUGGAAUUUAGAUUGGAUGGCGAGAUAAUCCUACGAAUGAAUGUUGAACAAAUUCACUUUGCAAACACCAGCAUGCCCAUUUGGGCAUUAACAAAUGGGGUUGCAGACUUGAUAAGAGAAUUCAGGCUGGAUAACAGAGAUGAACUCACUUUCACUCUUGACUUGGAACAUGAAAUAUUUCAUGUGACAUUGCGUGACUACAAACAGAACCCAAGAAGAUUCAACCGUGGUACACCAAUUCCUCCACCAGUUGCUCCACCAUUUGCUGCACCAGUUGCUCCACCAAUUGCUGAACCAGUUGUACCACCACCAGUUGCUCUGGCCAUACUUGAUCCACCUGUUGCUCCGGCACCACCUGCUCCACCUGUUGCUCCAGCACUACUACCUCCACCACCAGAACCACCACUUCCACCACAACCACCACUUCCAACGGAACAAAACAUCCCAAGAUUUGAGUUCAUCUACAAUCGGAACACAUAUUACAAAGUGUUCGUAGGUGCAAUGGCAAUGUUACCUGUACAAAUACACAUAAGGCGCCUAAUCUCUCCAAUAGUUGAACUCAUGAAAGGCUGGAAAGAAAUCACACAGUGCAUCAAUUUAGUUCAUGGGAGAAGGUACAAAGCUUUCUUUGAUGCACAAAGAACAGCCAUUCUGUUUAGAGAGAUAUGAUC